AGCAGCUUGGCUGAAGACUGCUGUGCAGGGCAGGGAAGCUCCAGGCAAACAGCCCAGCAAACAGCAGCACGCAGCUAAAAGGAAGACUCACAGAAGACAGUUGAAGAAGGAAAGUGGCGAUGGACCUCAUCCCAAAUUUGGCGGUGGAAACCUGGCUUCUCCUGGCUGUCAGCCUGGUGCUCCUCUAUCUAUAUGGGACCCGUACACAUGGACUUUUUAAGAGACUGGGAAUUCCAGGGCCCACACCUCUGCCUUUGUUGGGAAAUGUUUUGUCCUAUCGUCAGGGUCUCUGGAAAUUUGACACAGAAUGUUAUAAAAAGUAUGGAAAAAUGUGGGGAACGUAUGAUGGUCAACUCCCUGUGCUGGCCAUCACAGAUCCCGACAUGAUCAAAACAGUGCUAGUGAAAGAAUGUUAUUCUGUCUUCACAAAUCGAAGGUCUUUAGGCCCAGUGGGAUUUAUGAAAAGUGCCAUCUCUUUAGCUGAGGAUGAAGAAUGGAAGAGAAUACGGUCAUUGCUGUCUCCAACCUUCACCAGUGGAAAACUCAAGGAGAUGUUCCCCAUCAUUGCCCAGUAUGGAGAUGUAUUGGUGAGAAACUUGAGGCGGGAAGCAGAGAAAGGCAAGCCUGUCACCUUGAAAGACAUCUUUGGGGCCUACAGCAUGGAUGUGAUCACUGGCACAUCAUUUGGAGUGAACAUCGACUCUCUCAACAAUCCACAAGACCCCUUUGUGGAAAGCACUAAGAAGUUCCUAAAAUUUAGUUUCUUAGAUCCAUUAUUUCUCUCAAUAAUACUCUUUCCAUUCCUUACCCCAGUUUUUGAAGCAUUAAACGUCUCCCUGUUUCCAAAAGAUACCAUAAAUUUUUUAAAUAAAUCUGUAAACAGAAUGAAGAAAAGUCGCCUCAACGACAAACAAAAGCACCGACUGGAUUUCCUUCAGCUGAUGAUUGACUCCCAGAAUUCGAAAGAAACUGAGUCCCACAAAGCUCUGUCUGAUCUGGAGCUCGCGGCCCAGUCAAUAAUCUUCAUUUUUGCUGGCUAUGAAACCACCAGCAGUGUUCUUUCCUUCACUUUAUAUGAACUGGCCACUCACCCUGAUGUCCAGCAGAAACUGCAAAAGGAGAUUGAUGCAGUUUUGCCCAAUAAGGCACCACCUACCUAUGAUGCCGUGGUACAGAUGGAGUACCUUGACAUGGUGGUGAAUGAAACACUCAGAUUAUUCCCAGUUGCUAUUAGACUUGAGAGGACCUGCAAGAAAGAUGUUGAAAUCAAUGGGGUAUUCAUUCCCAAAGGGGCAAUGGUGGUGAUUCCAACCUAUGCACUUCACCAUGACCCAAAGUACUGGACAGAGCCUGAGGAGUUCCGCCCUGAAAGGUUCAGUAAGAAGAAGGACAGCAUAGAUCCUUACAUAUACACACCCUUUGGAACUGGACCCAGAAACUGCAUUGGCAUGAGGUUUGCUCUCAUGAACAUGAAACUUGCUCUAAUCAGAGUCCUUCAGAACUUCUCCUUCAAACCUUGUAAAGAAACACAGAUCCCCUUGAAAUUAGACACGCAAGGACUUCUUCAACCAGAAAAACCCAUUGUUCUAAAGGUGGAUUCAAGAGAUGGAACCCUAAGUGGAGAAUGAGUUAUUCUAAGGACUUCUACUUUGUUCUUCAAGAAAGCUGUGCCCCAGAACACCAGAGAUUUCAACUUACUUUGUCAAUAAAACCUUGAAAUAAAGAUGGGCUUAAUCUAAUGUA